AUGAAAAAUAUAAAUCACAGACAACAUUUCUUGGAAAGUACUACUGUCAAUAAUAAGAGCUAUACCAAUACUGAAAAUUUAAACACACAGCACAAGGAAUCCAACGAGAAAGGACCCACAAAAGGGAGCACCCAUCCCGUGCUGAGCAAAAACAAAAAGUAUAACCAAACUGCGAGUGCUGAAAUUACCACAGAAGUGAGUGACACGAGGGACAAUCCAAGUUUGAACUUCAUAACGAUUAGAGGUGAAAAGCUCAGGGUAGAAAAAAAAAAGAACAAAAAGGUGAAAAAUGAAACGUUCAAUUUCAGAGUCACGGCUGACACAAGAAGAAACAACGCCAAGGGCGAUACACUUUUUCCACUUAAGAAAAACGGAGAAGGGAAAAAAUUAUUGGAGAAAAGGGAAUGCCUUCUGAAUAGGGAAUCAACGAAAUUUCAUGAAAAAACGGACAUUGAAAAUAACACAAGCGAUUUUUCCAAUUUGAUCACUUUUUAUGAUCAGCCAACAGUGUGUGAAAACAUUCCCAUCCAAAAUAACCCCCCGCAUGGCACACACACGGAUGCACUCACGAGGGAUGUCCUGGAAAUUUCCUUAAAAAAUGUUCAUUUCGAUAUUCACCUGGAUAUUCACGAGGGAAUUGGAGAGAUCCCCACGGAGACCGUUCCUGAGGAAAGUGCUACCCGCAAUGGAAACAGGGAUGGAAACGCGGGUGGCAACAGGGAUGAUAACAGGGAUGGCAACAGAGAUGAUAACAGGGAUGGCAACAGAGAUGAUAACAGGGAUGGCAACAGAGAUGUCAACACAGGUGACAACAGGAAAACCAAACAUGGUCCAAGUGUGAAUGCAGGGGAUGGGAAGAACCGCCCCCGUGGCAAUAACACCGCGCAGACGAAUUUCGAAAAUUUGAACAAGGAAGAAAAUGCCGAAAAGGAACUACUACUGGAGCAUAUAAAGAGGCUCGAGUAUCAAAACAAUAUAUUUCUUAAUAAUCUGUUAAAUGUGUACUAUGUCUGCAUGGACUACAUCAAAAUGCAGGACGAGAAAAUAAAAAAAAAUGAAGAAAUCAUACUUUUCCAGAAUAAAAUUAUAAAAGAUUUAAAGGCAAGUCAACACUUCGAGGACACCACAGGUAUGAGUAAUGACACAACUGGUAACUGUAAAAAUGAUGACUCAGAUUUGUGA